AUGUCUGAAAUACAUUCUGAACGGACGACUGAUUUGUCAAUUCUUUACGCAAAUUUAAAAUUACGAUCAAAUAGUCUAGAAAAUGUCGUAUUAAUUAAGACGGGUUCUAUGAAUCCUAUUCAUCGUAGUCACGUAUCGAAUAUGGUACGAACUAAAAAGUAUUUAGAGCGAGCAUGUAAUUUCAAUGUCAUCGGAGGAUAUUUAUCUCCAACUCAUGAUGAAUAUGUAUAUGGUAAGUUAAGUAAUGAACUGAUUAGUGGCGAACAUCGUAUUGAAAUGUGUCGAAAAGCAAUUGAAGAAGCUGGUCAACAACAUUGGCUGAGUGUUGACAUGGCUGAAUGUAUGGCUCCUGGAUUCGUCCAUCUAGUAAGUGUCGCUCAUAGCCUUCAACAAUUCAUCAAUCAACAUCUAAAUUUGCCGAAACCUGUUCGAGUAAUUUAUGUUGCUGGUCUGGAUUUAUUUAAUCGUUGUUACGGUAUGGGAACACUGAGAAAAUCACCAUUGGGUGGCGUUGCUGUUGUUUAUCGUCUCGGUCAAAAUAAUAGUGUACUCAAGUCAACAAAUGCAAUGAAUGAUCCACGUGUAUUUUAUGUCUGCGAUAAUGACGAUGAAAUGGAUACGUCCAGCUCCGAAUCAGAAGAUAUUAGUUCAACGCUAAUUCGAAAACGACUUAAAGACAAUGAAAAUUGUGAUGAUUUGACGUUUAAAUCAGUUUUGGAUCAUAUGAAAAAAGUGUCAUCGAAAGAUUGUUAA